UAGUAAAGGUAAACAUUUUCAAAUGCGAAGUCAUGGAGCUGAAAGUGGUUUUAGGAUUACUGGUUUCGCUUUAUCUGCUUAAUUAUGUGCACGGACAGUUAAUUUCUGGCAAUAUUCUUCAGAUUCUACAACGGACCACGGGAUUUUCAAAGUUUGCGCAGCUGGUUGUGCGGGCCAAACUCACCCGUCUGUAUGAAUCGCCCACGUCGAUGACGUUGUUUGCGUUUAACGACACCGCCUUCAAUAGUCUGCCGUACAAAGAACGAAGUGUCAUAGACAGUUACACAGAGAAAGAUCUCGCAGAUUACCUCAAGUUCUGUACCAUCUAUGGUUCCCGGCUCACGUCGAGCGAGAUGAGGGACAAUUUACAAAUGCGAAGUAUGGAUUCCAACGGUGACAAGUUAUUUAUUAAUCGUAAACGAAACGUGUACUCAAAUCCCUCGGGAAGCUUUGGUCCUGUCAAGUUUUAUGUUAAUGGCAUCGAAAUUUCUGAGGGAACAAAUCGUGAUAUUGCAGCCACUAAUGGGGUUGUUCACGGUCUGAAUGGGGUCAUGAGAAAGACGAGUCAAAAAACGGCGUAUGGGUGGAUCCAGGUCCCGCAGGACUCUACACAGCGGUUUCAGCAGUUCACGGACCUGAUGAGUUACUUAUACGUAUUGGACAACAUUAACGACUUAUCGUCCCCAGACAAAAUCACCACCUUCUUUGUUCCCAACGACAACGCCAUGCAGAAGAUCCCCUUACAACAGCUCAAUAAACUCCGGAACGACCCAGUGGAGCUACAGAGGAUUCUACAAGCUCAUUACAUUCCUAGCCGAGCCAUGUUCACCAACUGUGUCUCCCAUAACGAGGGAGCCCAGAAUGCUAAAGGUCAACCCGUGACCUUCAGGAAACCUUCUGGAUACAAUGUGUACGUCAACAGUGACGGAGUGAGUGCGGCCAUCAUUGAAGGUAACAUCACGGUGUCGAACGGAGUGGUGCACGUGGUGGAUCAGCUGCUCGGAUUCGUUUACAACAACAUCCGGGAACAGAUCCAACAGGAGGGAUCAAAAUUUGAACAGUUGAUAAAUCUGGGUACGGAGACCGUGAAGAAUUCCCUGGUCCAGCCGUCCGGAGUGACCGUAUUUGUUCCGCUGGACACUGCCUUCCAGAAAGUCGCGAACAUCCGCUGGGCUAAUCUCAACAGUAACCAGACUCUGGUGGACAUGGUCUUGAGACUGCACAUUCUGGAACCAAACAAUCAGAUAAUCAUUUCAUCAUUGCCGGGCAUGAGUGGAUACGAGAGUCGGCAAUACAGACGAACCAUGUAUAGCAACGAGAGAGUGACGAUUUAUAAUGAGAGAAACGAAACCUGGGUACAGGGAGGGAACGUGAAGGCCCGAGUCAUCCGGCCGGACAUAAAGACAGUUAAUGGCAUGGUACAUAUCAUCGACUCAGUGCUGGGUAUUCCCUACCUGGAUCUUCCCAUGCUGAUCUGUCACGAUGUCUGGUUACUGAGGACCUAUGACUAUAUGAGACGAGUUGGACUGAAGAACUAUUUGACAGAUCGGAGAUUCACAGCCGAGAAGUGCAGCUUCGAGAUUUAUGGAUAUCCUCCAAAUUACGGAUCAGCGGCCACAUCCAACCAGGGGACGACAUGCCCCACAUAUUGUGGACAGGCCCAAUAUCAGAACCAGUAUCCGUGUAAUUCGGCCCAAUGUCAGUCUAACUCCAUGCAGUGUCCAGCCUUUUGCUCCCAGUCACAGUACCAAAAUCAGUCUCCGUGUAACACGGCCCAAUGUAUCAACUCCAACAACAACAACGGCGGCGGAACAUCUACUUGUCCCACGUACUGCACCAACUCCCAGUAUGCCAAUCAAUACCCGUGUAACUCGGCGGUGUGCACGUCUGGAGUGAACUGCCCCGCCUAUUGUUCGCAGGCACAGUAUGCUAACUCCCAACAAUGCUUGAGCUGUAAUGGUGGAUCCACCAACCAAUGUCCGUCUCAAUACAUCAGCUACUGCAGCAACCCAGCCAACUCCAACAACAGCCCGUGCAAUUCCUACCCGUGCAACAUGCUUAAUAAUUUGAACACUGGGUCUCAGAGCUCGUCCCACGACCUCGGGUAUUGUGGCACUACAACGGUGGCGUGUGACUUCACGGUCUUCGUUCCAAAUUCCAGCGCCAUUGAUUAUUUUUCUGUGUCACUGAAUGGCUACAAAGUAAUGAGGGACACACCCAGGUUUCAGUGGCUGUUUAAGAGACUCGUCACUCCAGGCCGUAUCUACAUAGAAAAACUCAGCAACGGGAACCACCAGAUGAAAAUGUUGAAUGGAGAGUUAGUCAGUCUCACCAAAACAAACGACAGAGAUGUCAGGAUAUAUUUCGGUGGAGCCUCGGCAAACGUAAUACACAUGGAUGAAGGGGCCACUAACGGGGUCAUUCACAUCGUUGACCAGCUGUUGUUUGUAAAUGAGGAUCUAACGAGAGACGUUUCGUCAGUGGGUCACACGACAGUUACGCUGUGGUUAGUUUUAGGAACAUUACUUCUCACACGGAUUGUAAGCAAAGCGAGAUGAUUUGUUACAAUAAUUUUGUUUCUAUGGAAACCAUCAUCCACAUGUGUUUUAUAUUCAAUUUUUAAUGUGUACAUAGCAGAAUAUUGUUAUAAUUAUGUAUUAUAUACAUUUUGUAUUAUCUUUUUUUCACUGAUCUUGUUUUAUGAUCAAAAUCUUAUUUUGUUGGAUAACGCCAUAUUCGGUGUUGGUGGCUUUCGUCCACAGACCUGGCAUAAAUGAAUGCUAUUCAUACAUCAUGUUGACCUGUAUGGAUUGGCAAUCAUACAUCAUAUUGACCUGUAUGGAUUGGCAAUCAUACAUCAUAUUGACCUGUAUGGAUUGGCAAUCAUACAUGUUGAGUGGAGGUUUUUUUUUGUCUGGUCUUUUUUCUUGGACAUAAAAUCAAAAGUGAUUGUGACUGACUUAAUCAGUAGUGUGACUUGUAAGAUGAUGAUUAACUGAUAAAAAAAUCUUACACAAAAUACAUGUAAGUGUGGGAUCUGAAAAACGAUUUCACUGAACAGAGAGAUGUAUAGAAUUCCUGAUGGUUUUUUUUUCAACUUUCGUGCUCAAAUUAAGGUCCAAAUUUCCAUUAGAAGGUCUAGUUGGCUAAAUAGUCAAUAACGGGAAAUGCAAAGACAUUCCCUAAAAUUUCAUGAUAGAAUCAAUGUUCAACAAAAAUUGUGGAAUUAAACAAAGCUCUUAGUGGCAUGUAAUCCAGUUAGACAUUCUCUUAUUGUAUAAAAAUCCCACAAAUCUGUAGAGAUCUAUAACACAUAUAUAUGUAUAUCAUAUGUUAUUGUCUCAGAAAGCUAUAGUAUAUUAUUUGGAGAACUAGUCAAGAGAAUAAACAAGCGUGAAAAUGUAUUCCAGGAAAUAACCAACUAUAAAUGAUUUAGCAGUUAUUCAAUGUGUAAGUAAUGUUUAAGUAACUUUGCAGCAUUUACGUUACAUUACUCACACCUUCACAUUCCAUUAUGUUCCCAUUUUUCACAUUGAAAAUUACUCCAAUUUGGAAUCUGUGAUAUGAAUCUUCCAUGUGAAUUUUUUACGUCCAACAUCUGUUCUAUGGUCUUGUCAUUUGAAGUAUUUUUUUAAAUCGUACGAUAUGAAUCCGUGUAGUUUUUGACUUCUUCAUUUUUUCUUCCGUUGUGACGUAAUUUUCCUUUGUUUUAAUUGCCACAAUUAACUGAUGUGUCAUUUUAAUGCCAUAUGUAUAUAAAUGUAUGAUUGUGUGAUGUUUGAGUCAUUUUUUUCGCUAUUCAUUUUGUGAAUGGUCGUUGUGACUGGUGUUUAAUGAAUAGAAUUAUUUUUUUUAUUAUGAAGUUUUUAAGUUUGUUGAAUUGAUAGUAUGUGCUAUUUCAUAAUGUAUUAUAUAUUGCAUCUUUAUAUCAUUCAUCAUGAUCCGAGAUCGCGUAUUUUUAAAAAUGCAUACACUGUGAAGAUGAUGAUGGUGACACAUUCAAUUGUACAGGAAGACGACCGACUGCGACCUUUUAUUCUGAGAUGAAAUAACACAGAGUUUGUUUGAGGAAAUCUAGAAUGUCGGCUCUGUAAACCGCAAAAAGAGAUUUCAAAAAGGAUAGAAUUGAAUGAUUUUUAAAUGAAAUAUUCUUCUUUUUUAAAUAAUAUAACAGUGCCAUAUAUUGUACAUUGCUUUUUAUAUUUUUAAUAAAAAGGCUUUAUGUAUUUAAAAAUGUUUAGCUAGAAGUUUAUCAUUAUCCAUGUUAUAAACAUGAUUAAGUUAAUUAAGUUUGAGGUGCACAUUUUUUUCUCAAGCAGACACAUGUAGGUAUAAUGAAGGACUGAGUUUGUUAAUGAUGACUUCCUACAGUGAAACCUGUCUAAUCCGACAUGCAUGAAGAGAGACAUUUUGUUGUUGGAAUACACAAUGUGUUGGAAUAAACUGUACAGUGUCAAAAGCAAUGACAAUAUGAAACUCAGAAUGAAAGUAAGGGUCGCACUGCCCAGUGAAAUGAAUUACACAGGUGUCUGAUUAAGCAGUUUUUACAGUACCUAUACACAUUGAAUGAGUACAGGUAAUUUUUCUCUACAGGUGUCAGAUUAUACAGUUUUUACUGUACCUAUACACAUUGAAUGAGUACAGAUAAUUUUUCUCUACAGGUGUCAGAUUAUACAGUUUUUACUGUACCUAUACACAUUGAAUGAGUACAGGUAAUUUUUCUCUACAGGUGUCAGAUUAAGCAGUUUUUACUGUACCUAUACACAUUGAAUGAGUACAGGUAUUUUUUCUCAUCCUCUAUAUUCAUUCCCCUAGCUUUAGAAUUCAUAUCGAUAAUUUGUAUUAAUCAUGAUUGUACAUUGCAUGCUUGGUGUGGAUGGAAGAAGUGAAUAUCAGCAUUUCAUUUUCAUUACUUCUAAUUGUUGAACUUAUUCACGAAAGACUGACACGAUGUUGUAUAAAAGAAUGUAAAGGGUCUCUCUACUUUGUAUACUAAUUAAUGAGGGGGUGGGGGUUGUAUUAUUUUUACAACAAAUCCUAACCUUUAAACCAACCCGCACACUUUGAGGAAAUAUUUAAAUUACAGAGAUUUUUUAUCUGUAGGAAUCGAGGGUAUGCAGAUAUCCACAAACUAUCCUGAAUCUGGGCAUUAGAGGGCAUUUUUUAAUUGAAUAUAACAAUUUUUUGGCAAUUGAUUCUUUGUAGUAUAAUGUAUAAUUGCUUUUAACUUUUGGUAUAUUGCAUUCUGAUCACAAAGUGCUAAUUUAUUCAAACUGCUGAUGUUGAUUAAAUGUGGAUUAUUGACCUUGCGAUUUUUGACUGAAGUGUGAGUGCAUUUUCUACAGUGAAACCUGUCUAUUCCGGACACCAGAAAAAGACUACGAUAACACACCAUUCCUAUUACAGGAGGGGGGGUGUUUAAUGAUAGAAUUUAAAAAUUUAGAAUCCACUAAAUGUUUAUAACUGUUUACACAGAAUUUUGGAUUGCACAGUUUCCUGAUUUGACUUGAUUCCCUGUAGAUAUACAGCCAUUAAUUGAAUUAAUAUAUCGCUAUCCUGAUUUAGCAAUAUUAUCUGGACAAGUCCAUGUGUUAUACUAGAAAUUUUACUUAAAUUACCAUAGGCUUCCAUGUAGUUUAUAAUUAAUGCAUAAUUGUGUAUAAUUUCGUAAUUCAAUUAUUCAAAGAAAUUUUAUAAUCAUUACAUGGGUUUUUUCAGAAGUUUGGAGAUAUCUUUUGAGUUAGAUAUGCAUGAGUUUUUAUAGCCUUAUUGAUCAUUGAGGCUUUUGAAUUUUGUGCACAUUUUGAACUUUGACAAAUUGUUAUAUUAUGAAUGCAAGAUAAAGAGGAAAAAAUGAAAAAUUCUCUGAAUUACAUGUAAUAAAAUGAUUGAACCAUUUUUUUGUGUUGAAAAUGAUUCAUUAAUGCUGUCCGAGUUGCCAUCGAUAUACUCUUGUAGAAAAAAAAAAUAAAUUAUGAAAAAACCUGAAA